AUGACUGUGCUAGCGGAAGUGGAGGGAAUACUCAAUUCCAAGCCUCUCGGCUAUGCGAGGCGCGACAUUGCUGAUCCAGACCCCAUUACACCCAAUCUCUUGCUCAUGGGGCGGCGAGAUGCAUCAUUGCCACAAGCAGUGUAUGGCGACUGCGAUCUGCUUGGGCGUCGUCGCUGGAAACACAGCCAGGUCUUGGCUGACCACUUCUGGGCCCAGUUUACAUUGCGGUCAGAGCAUGGUAUCCGCUAUGUGAAGCUGCCCUCGGCCUCCAGUACGUCGUCUGUGCUGCGGUUCUUGGAGAACAUGUGCCAACAUCUGGAGAGUGACAGUUUGUUCAGCUCCCAGCCGUUCAGCUCCUUCGGCAACAACACACGCUUCUACAACAGGACCAAGUCAGAACCACUAUCCCACCCUGAAAAUGGCCUGUCUAAAGAAGAUUCAACAAAGGAUGCUGCUCCCAGCACCCACCCCUCUCACACAACAUCGGACUACAGAGUAACAAAGAAGGAGCGGCCAUAUUACCCCGGACACUCGCACACGCCGCCACCCCUCAGACGCGUCAGUUCAAACCCCACUGAGCUUGGCCAGAUGUGUCCACCCAGACGAGUUGAGGCUGCUAGCUCGACGACAGGCCCAGACCACGUGAAGCAGGACAAGGAGGGUUCAGGGAGCGACACCUCUUCCUGGUCAGUUGACGAUGUCAUGCGGUUUGUCCAAGAGGCUGACCCCCAAACCCUCGGCCCGCAUGUUGAACUGUUCAGAAAACAUGAGAUCGACGGCGAGCUCUGAAUGCUUGCCCUGCGGAGUGAUGUCAUUAUGAAGUACAUGGGACUGAAAGCUGGGCCCGGCGGCUCAAAACUCUGUCAUCACAUUUGAGAAAGCUGAAACAGAGCAAACUAAUAGAGGAUGAAGGAAAGCUUUUUGGCUACUGGCAACCAAACCCACACAAAAACACUUAUUGCUCUACACGGGAUGUAGUUUAAACCCAGCCUGACCCCAGGGUCGUAGCUACCAUUGAGGACAUUGAGGCAACAGUCCACUGUUUUUUUUCUGUUGUAGUGUGGAGAAUUGAAGGGAGUUUG